AUGGUCGACUCGCACAACAACCUGCAGGAGCUCUUCGCUCGUCUGAAGAGCCAGCCCGCACAGUCGCCAGGCCAGCAAUCGCAGAACCAGCAACCCUCACUGUGGGCACCGCCGCAACCAUCCGUGUCCUCGCCCCUCUUCUCGCCGCCAGUCCAGACUCCGAAUCCGGUCCACUCGGCCAACAUCCUCAGUCCCGUCAACCCAUCCUCCGCGGUGGGCACUCCAGGCGCCGAGUCUGCCGGACAGAACCAGCUCCUCAGUCUGCUCAAGUUCAAUGGACAGUCUGACCAGCAACAAGGUCGUGCGAGUCCAAUGGCCAACCUACAAAACGUCGGCGGCAACCGACACUCGACCGUUCACAUGCCUACGCUUCAGUCUAGAGACAGCGGACACUCACGUCCACUUUCCGCUGCCGACCUCAUGUCGAAUCUGAAGCGCACGGGCUCAGGCGCCAGUCCAUCUCCACUGGCAGCGGCAGGUGCAGAGAAGUCAGACAACCAGCCGCCGAACCAGCAAGACUUUCUCCUCAACCUACUCACCAAACCCAAGUCUCAGCAACCCCCUGUGCAACCUGUCACCGAGUCGGGACCUCAGGGUACUGAGCAAGGUGAUAAGCGCAAUUCUGAUGUCAACGAGCUCGUCAGAAACUUCGCAAACGCAUCAGUCGGCUCGCCUGCACAACCUCAAAUCCCACGCGAAUCUACUCCAGUCCGCCAAUUUGGCAGCCCGGCCGGCGACAGCACACCGUUCGAAGCCCCACAGCCCACGAAAGCGCAAAUGUUCAACUACGUCAACCCUUUCGAUCAAUUGUCGUCCUCUUCGCCAUUGAACCGCACCCCGAAUCCCGAAGCCCAGGCCGCUGUUGCACAGGCUGGCCAGCCGAAGAAGAUCGAGAUUCUCAAGCACAACAGAGAUGCUUCAAAUAACGGAGAGUCAAGUGCGCCAGCGUCAAAGAGCAGGAAGAUGGAGGCUACAGACAACGUGCCCACGCCAGGAUCAGAGAGCAAGGCGCAGCAGAGUGUUUCUGAAGCUCUGGAGGAUGUUGGUGAACAAGUCGACAAACAGGUCGAGAAGGCACUUGCAGCUGCCGACACCAAGAGUGAGCCAAAGGAGACAUUGAGCGCACGUGCAGGUGAUGCUGCAGACGACGACAUUUUGAUCAAGAAAGAGCCUGCAGGCAGCGAGGUCGAGUCAAGCUGGGAGAGCGCUGAAGAUGAUACCGCCGAGGAUUUCAAGGUCGAGGUUUACAACUUCCCCAUGAAGCCUUUCGUUUCUCUGCAGAUCAAGCAGACCAAGACAGCUCGGCCGAUCCGUCAGGACCACUUCAUGGUUAUAGCACAACUGAAGAAGGAGUUCGACCAGAUCGACCGCUGCUUGGUCACUGCCAGUCAAACGCAUAUCGUGUAUGCCCAAGUCGCGACCAAGAAGGACAACGGCGGCUUCCGCAUCAUUCGUCAAGACAGUGGUGAUCACAAGCAAGUCUUCCGUUCCAGCGGCGAGCGCAUCUUCAGUGUACAGCUUUGCAACUCGACCCACGAUGUUGAGGCCGUUCUCGGCACUGGCGUCAAUGGAUCCGUCUUCUGGACCUCGCUCGCCAAGUCCCGCGGUGACCUCUUCGCAGACGAUGAUGUCGAGGGCCAGGGCUUCAUCAUGCCUCCAGUGCAGACGCCGGACGAGAACACGUCAGGUUCUCCGGUCAAGACUAGAGCAAAGCUCAGCAACCGUCACCCCGAGUACUUCGCCAUGGCCAGAGGCAAGCAGAUAUUCAUCGUUGCGCCAGAAAUGGCCAAGGAAAAGGCAUACUGCAGCGGCACGACUCGCAAGGUCAACAGCGAGAAGUUCUUCGAAGACCACAGCCUCAAGAUCAACACUGGCAAAGCCGGCAAAGACUUCUGUUUCUCGGAAGAUGACUCUGUGAUUGCCAGUCUCGAUAAGAACGGACGAUGCAAGUUCUGGGGUAUCGCUCCUCUCACGACUCGGACUGGCGACAUGGCUGAAGGCAAGCACGAUGGCGUUGAGCUUCGCGACCCUAUCUGGACUAUCAACGCCGCCACGUCCGGCAGCAAGCCCGACGAGAAGCCUUCUGUGUCGUCCAUCAUGUUCCUCGACAAGGAUCGCCCCACCAGCAAGGGUGCUGCCCUCCGUUACGUGAUCGUCGGCUUCAGACAGAACCACAUCCUUCAGCUUUGGGAUCUUGGCCUGGGCAAAGCUGUGCAAGAGAUUCGUUUGCCUCAUGAGAAGGACAGCGAUGGUAUCUGCAGCAUCAGCUAUCAUCCCAAGACCGGCAUCAUUGCGAUCGGGCACCCGACCCGCAACAGCAUCUACUUCGUCCAUCUGAGUGCUCCAAAGUACAACCUCCCGCAGAUGGACCAAGCUAGAUACAUCGGCAUGCUAGCUAGCGGAGACCCUGCACUUCCCAAGCCUGAGAGCACCGCCAUCAUGAGUGGACUUAGGGAGUUCUCUUUUGCGAAGGUGGGUGGUCAGCUUAGGAGUGUUGACAUGCUCAAGACACCAGUCGACAACGGCAGCGAGCGUAACACGCCCGAGGAGACAUUGUUUGAGCUCUACGUCAUGCACUCGAAGGGCGUCAUCGGCAUCAGCAUCAAGCGCGAGGAUCUGGGUUGGGAUGCUCAGAGCAAGAUGGUAAAUCCCAAGGACGCUUUGAAGGAAGGCAUCAUCGAAGUGAGCGAGCUGGUGCAACCACAGAAGCUUCCAGCGUCCAGCGAGCAAUCAAGCAAUGCCGACACCGCUGCUACGUCAAAGCCUGUACCAAAGCCAGCGCCAUCCAAGAAGGCCGAUCCGCCAAAGCCGGCGACUCCUGCGAAGCCUGAGAUCAAGAAGGAGAAGACAGACUCGCCCGCACCAUCGGCGAACGGUCUCCCACGCAUGGCUUCGCCCGAGCCACCAUCCAAGCCUCUGCCACAAAUCCCAACCAAUCCGCCGCUCAUGACACCGGACUCAUACGCAAAUGCCGCUCAACGUGCCAAGUCUCCCGUCAAGGACAAGGCGGCUGACGAUUCUGACUCGGCCAAGAAGGUGGUGGUGUCUCCCAAGGCAGCACACGCCAAGGCCAACAUCUCGUCCAUCACUGGUUCAGAUGACAUGAGCUCUGUGCUUAACAAGCAGUUCGACUCGCUCUACCAGCGCAUUGAGUCUGACAAGCGCGUCUCUGAUGCAGCUGCUGGAGCCAAGCAAGACGCUCUGCUACGCUUGGUGUCCUCCACAUUAACCGAGAACGUAGACCGCAGCUUGAGCAGCAUCAUCGCCAAUCGCAUCGAGAAGGACGUCAUCCCGACUCUCACCGAAGUAACGAGCAAGGUCGUUGACCGCAAGAUUGCGGAGACGCUUCCACAACAGCUGAACACCAGUGUUGCAUCCGCAAUGAGGGCCACGCUAUCCAAUGCCCUGCAGCAAGCCUUAAAGGACAAGGAGGUUCACCGAACCAUCUCGGAUGUUACUUCGACGAACGUGGCCGCCAAGGUGCACGAACAAGUCACGAACAUCCUGAAGCAGUCUUUGCCAAAUGCGGCGACUCAGGCAGCGCAGAAGAUGGUAUCGGAUCUUGAGAAGCGCUUUACACAGCAGCAGCGGCUGGCCGAGCAGCAACGCCAGCACGACAACACCAAGAUCGAGGAGCUCUCCAACAUGGUCCGUAACUUGUCCAACACCAUUCAGAACAUGGCUUCAAGCCAGUCUGCUUUCCAGGAGCAGAUCAUCAAGAUGCAACGCGAGCAGGCUCAGAAUGCUGCCAACGCAUCCGCCACACCGUCUACUCGCUCGGAUCCUCAAACCGAGGCCGAGGAUAAGGAGGUGGCCGAAAUGACGCAGAAGUUGGUGGAUGGUGCCUACGAAGAGGCUACUAUUCAGUGGAUCUCUUCCGAUCGUCAAGCCGACAUCUUCGACAAGCUCUUCGUUCGCGUCAACCUCAGCUACCUCCAGCAUGUCUCGCCCUUGGUUGCUCUUACUGUGUCUGCGGCCAUCACCUCAAGCUUCGAGACCAACGCCGAGCAGCGCCUCGAGUGGCUCAGCCACGUGCUCAACCAGAUCGACGUGAGAGACGACGACAUUAGAGAUGUUGCGCCCAAGAUCAUGGACGUUCUGUCGCAGCGGCUGCAGGGCGCCUACAUGCAAAUCUCCGAGACCAAGCCUAGUGAUCCGGCUCUCAGAACGAUCAGCCAGCUCCACCGCCAGGUCGAUGAGAUCCGUCGUCUUGCCAAAUGA